GAGUUAACUAUAGUUCCAGGCUUCACUGUCUUUUAACGACUCUUUCUUUUCCUCCUCCGACCAAAAGCGAAAAGAAAAAAACACACGAUAUGGCGUCGCUUGGCCAAAUCACCCUCCCGCGGGCGCCGUCGUUGGAGAUUAGCCUCCUACGCCGUCGAUUUGAUCGACCCAUCAGAACCCGAAUCGGAUUCAAUGGCCGGAUCGUGAGCGAGCAGGCGCAGGUUUCGGUGAAAGCGAGCGUGAGCCAGAAGGUGAUUGAAGAGGAGGCGAGAGUCCUCGUGGGCACGUACGCGCGUGCUCCAGUGGUGCUCUCGAGUGGGAAAGGUUGUAAAUUGAUGGACGCGGAAGGGAAAGAGUAUCUGGAUUGUGCGUCUGGAAUCGCUGUGAAUGCUCUGGGCCAUGGAGAUCCUGAUUGGCUCCAAGCUGUCACCGACCAAGCUGCUGUUCUUGCCCACGUCAGCAAUGUCUAUUACACCAUUCCUCAGAUUGAAUUAGCUAAACGACUUGUGGCAAGUUCAUUCGCAGACCGUGUAUUCUUCUGUAACUCUGGAACAGAAGCCAACGAAGCAGCCAUCAAGUUUUCUAGAAAGUUCCAGAGAUUCACCCAUCCUCAAGACAAAGAUGUCGCCACAGGCUUCAUAGCCUUUACGAAUAGUUUCCACGGUAGAACCUUAGGAGCUCUCGCCUUGACGAGCAAAGAACAGUACAGAACUCCUUUCGAACCCAUCAUGCCUGGCGUCACGUUCUUGGAGUACGGUAACGUUCAAGCCGCCACUGAUCUUAUCAGCUCGGGUAAAAUAGCUGCAGUGUUUGUGGAGCCUAUCCAAGGAGAAGGCGGGGUUUACUCUGCUACAAAAGAGUUUCUCCAGUCUCUUCGCUCAGCUUGUGAUGCUUCAGGAUCUCUUCUCGUCUUUGAUGAGGUUCAGUGUGGUUUGGGGCGAACCGGUAACCUAUGGGCGUAUGAAGCAUUCGGUGUAACGCCUGACAUAAUGACAGUUGCAAAGCCUUUAGCCGGUGGGUUACCAAUUGGAGCGGUGCUUGUGACUGAAAAGGUUGCUGAGACCAUCAAGUAUGGAGAUCAUGGAAGCACGUUCGCAGGGAACCCUCUUGUGUGCAGUGCAGCCAUCGCUGUUGUUGAUAAAGUAUCCAAACCCUCUUUCUUGGCCAGUGUCUCGGGCAAAGGUUUAUACUUUAAGGAACUGUUGGUGAAGAAACUAGGAGGGAACUCGCACGUGAAGGAAGUGAGAGGAGAAGGGCUGAUCAUUGGAGUGGAGCUUGAUGUGCCAGCGAGUCCACUGGUGGAUGCUUGCCGUGAUUCAGGUCUUCUGAUCUUGACUGCAGGGAAAGGGAAUGUCGUCAGGAUUGUUCCACCGUUGAUUAUAUCGGAAGAGGAGAUCGAACGUGCCGUUGAGAUUAUGUUCCAAAAUUUAACUGCCCUUGGUUGAAGGUUGAGCUUUGAGUACAAGAACAAACAAAAUGUGUAUCGACAUUGAUGUGUCUUUUUAAAUAUCUUUACUUUUCUUGAUUAAGCUCAAGUGUUGUACUAUUACCUGCUUGAAAAAUCUACUCUUACACGGCAUUAACUUCAAAGAAAAAGCUUUCAAUGUGA